UGAUCAGGAAUAAACCAGUUCAGUGUGAGACACACUCUCAGGGUCUAUCACCGUGACUGGAACCCAAAUCACACUUGGAGAGAAACGCAGACAGUACAGGACUUGCAUGAAACAUGGCCUCCAAAGCGAGGUUUUCUGAGGAGGACGACACAAAGGAACCUGAGAGUCUGACUCAGGGUAAGUGGACACAGUCACCUGAACCCAGCUGCAUAUCUAUGAAGAGUGAUGGCUCAAUAUUCAGAAAUAUUGUCUUCGGAGAGAGAGAAUGUUCUACUGAGAUGAGUCUGAUUCAGGGUAAGAGAUCAAGCUCAUCUGAUCCCAGCUGUGUGUCUAUGAAGAGUGAUGGGUCAAUGUUCAGAGAUACAGUCUUCAGAGAAAAAGACUGUUCUACUGAGUGGAGAGCCCAAAAGCAAAGAUCAAAAGUUACCAACAGAAAAGAUUUGGACUCUAUAUUCAAGAAAUUGCAGUACAAAGUCAUCUCACUGGUGAAAAAUGAUCUGAAGAGGAUCAAGAAAUUACUGCAUUCAGAUUAUGAAGCAUGUCCUGAAGAUGAUAUGCAAGUUGAGGAGGAUCAGAGUAGUGUCCGAGAGGGUGCACUGAAGAUCACACUGCAUGUUCUCAGAAGCAUGAAUCAGACAGACCUUGCAAACACAUUACAGAUGAAACUGGCUCCUGCUUCCCUCGGAAAGCUCAAAUCUGCACUUAGGGCCAAAUUUCAGAAAAUUAAUGAAGGAAUCGCAUUUCAUGGAACCUCAACACUUCUGAAUGAGAUCUACACAGAGCUCUACAUCACAGAAGGUGGGAGUGGAGAGGUCAAUAAUGAGCAUGAGGUGAGACUGAUAGAGACAGCAUCCAGGAGACCAGCAACACAGGAGAGACCCAUCAACUGCAAUGACACAUUUAAGCCCUUACUUCGACAAGAUAAGCCCAUCAGGACUAUGCUGACUAAAGGAGUUGCUGGAAUUGGAAAAACAGUGUCUGUGCAGAAGUUCAUUCUGGACUGGGCUGAAGGAAAAGCAAACAAGGACAUUUUUUUCAUAUUUCCACUUCCUUUUAGGGAGCUGAAUAUAAUUAAGAAGGAAAAACUCAGUCUUGUGGAUCUUCUGCAUUGCUUUUUCAUAACAACAAAGGAAUUAAAGCUAAGAGACUAUGACCAGUACAAAGUCUUGUUCAUCUUUGAUGGUCUGGAUGAAUGUCGACUUCCUUUGGAUUUCCGAAACAAUGAGAAUUUACUUGACAUAACACAGUCAGCUUCAGUGGAUGUUCUGCUGACAAACCUUAUCAAGGGGAAUCUGCUUCCCUCUGCUCUUCUCUGGAUCACCUCUCGACCAGCAGCAGCCAAUCAGAUCCCUCCUGAAUGUGUCGAUCAGGUAACAGAGGCAGGGUUCAGUGACCCUCAGAAAGAGGAAUACUUCAGAAAGAAGAUCAUUGACCAGAGUUUGGCCAACAGAAUCAUCACACACUUGAAGUCCUCAAGAAGCCUCUACAUCAUGUGCCACAUACCGGCCUUCUGCUGGAUUACAGCUACUGUUCUAGAGAGAAUAUUUGAUAAAGUGAAGAGUGGAGAGAUCCCCAAGACUCUCACUCAAAUGUUCAUAUACUUUAUGAUCUUUCAAAUCAAACAUAGCAGCCAAAAGUACCAAGGAAAAAGUGACCCUGAUCCUGACCAGACUAGAAAGAUCAUCUGGGCACUGGGAAAACUGGCUUUCCAACAACUAGAAAAAGGCAACCUGAUCUUCUAUGAGGAAGACCUGAGAGAGUGUGGCAUUGAGGUCAGUGAUGCAUCAGUGUACUCGGCAGUCUGCACUCAGAUCUUCAGAGAGGAGUUGGGGCUGCACCUGGGGAAGGUGUUCAGCUUUGUGCAUCUGAGUGUUCAGGAGUUUCUGGCUGCUUUAUUUGCACUUCUCUCCUUUAUCUCUGAGAACAAAAAUGUGCUAGAACAACAAGCUGUAUUCAACGCUACAAUGAGUGAUUUCCUCGAGUGUGCAGUGGACAGGACCUUACAGAGUGAGAAUGGACACCUGGAUCUUUUCCUCCGCUUUCUUCUUGGUCUGUCACUGGAGUCCAAUCAGAUUCUCCUACAGAGCCUGCUACAGGCUGGAAGCAGCUCUCACAACCACGAGAAAACAGUCGAGUACAUUAAGGAGAUGAUCAGGAAGAAUUGCUCUACAAAUAAAAGCAUCAAUCUGUUCCAUUGUUUGAAUGAACUCAAUGAUCAUUCUUUAGUGCAGGAAGUGCAAACAUACCUGAGCAGAGGAAAUCAACACUCUCUCUCUAGAAUUAGUCUCUCUCCUGCUCAAUGGUCAGCUCUGGUGUUUGUGUUGCUGAACUCAGUUGAGGUGCUGGAUGAGUUUGACCUGACAAAAUAUGGCAGAUCAGAGGAAUGCUUUCAAAGACUGUUUCCAGUGAUCAAGGCAUGCCGAAAGGCUGUGCUGUGUGGUUGUAAUCUCACAGAGAAAAGCUGUGCAGCUCUUUCCUCAGCUCUCAGCUCAAACACUUCAAGUCUGAGAGAGCUGCACCUGAGUAAGAAUGAACUCCAAGAUUCAGGAGUGAAGCUGCUCUCAGCUGGACUGGAGAAUCCACACUGUAAAUUGGAGACACUGGGACUGAGAUGGUGUAAUCUCACAGAGGAAAGUUGUACGGUUCUGGCCUCAGCUCUCAGCUCAAACACCUCAAUUCUGAGAGAAUUAAAUCUGAGUUACAAUAAACUACAGGAUUCAGGAGUGAAGCUACUCUCCAUUGGACUGAAGAAUCUAAACUGUAAACUGGAGAUACUGAAACUGUUUGUAUGUAACCUCACAGAGGAAAGCUGUGCAGCUCUGGCCUCAGUUCUUAGCUCAAACACUUCAAAUCUGAGACAACUGGACCUUCGUGACAAUAAACUGCAGGAUUCAGGAGUGAAACUGCUCUUUGCUGCACUGGAGAAUCCACAUUGUAAACUGCAGAACCUGGGGCUGUGUUGGUGUAAUCUCACAGAGGAAAGUUGUGCAGUUCUGGCAUCAGCUCUUAGCUCAACCUCCUCAAGUCUGAGAGAACUGAGCCUGAGUUACAACAAACUACAUGAUUCCGGAGUGAAGCUGCUCUCUGCUGGACUUAAGAGUCCAAACUGUAAACUGGAGAAACUUGGGCUGUGUGGCUGUAAUCUCUCAGAGAACAGCUGUGCAGUUCUGGCCUCAGUUCUCAGCACAAACUCCUGUCUGAGAGUGCUGAAGUUGAGUGUCAAUGAUCUGCAGGAUUCAGGAAUGAAGCUGCUCUCUGCUGGACUGGAGAAGCAAUGCUGUAAACUGGAGACACUAAGGUUAUGUAACUGCAGUAUUACAGAAGAAGGCUCUGUUGCUCUGGCUUCAGCUCUGAAAUCAAACCCCUCACACCUGAAAGAGCUGGACCUGACCCACAAUAAACCAGGAGAGUCAGGAAUGAAGCUGCUGUCUGAUCUACUGAAGGAUCCACACUGUAAAUUGGAGAAACUACAGUAA